AUGGAGACUGUCGUCAAUCAACAUGGUCUUGAAUUGAAGCUUUCAAGUUAUCACGUCUUCCCCAGGCUGGUGAACUGGGAUACAAUCCAUUCGUCGUUCUCUGUCGUGAAGACACAAAGCGGCAACAACUUGAGCAAUGGAAGUAGCAGCAAAGCUCAAGGAGAGGAACCGAAAGGCGACGGGGAUAGUGUCAGAAGUGGAGAAGAAGGCGGAUCAGAGAGUAGAGACAAAUCUAAGAGGAAAUGGUUCAACUUGAACCGUAAAGGAUCAAACAGAGGAUGUGAAGACUCUGAGAGGCAGAGCGGAGUGGAAGAGAAGGAGACAGUGAGAAAGAAGAAAGAUUUGAGAUCAUUGAUGGAGGAAGAGAAGAAGACGAACAAUGUGGUGGUGAUGAGUUACGACACGAACUAUUACAGACUCUCUGCUGACAUUGCCAAGGAGACUUGGAUUGUCGGUGGAAUUCAAGAUCCUCUGUUUCGAAGUCGAAGCUGGAAGAAAUGA